AUGCUCCUCCAAGCCCAGCGAAGCCUGCGUCGCGUCGCGUGCGCGCGGCCGCGCCCGGCUCUCGCCUCCUCCUCCUCUGAAGCCGGCGCGGCUGUCUCCCUCGUGGUCUACCACGCGGUGCUCGAGACGCUCGGCGACAAAGCGCCUGCUGCCGGCAUCGACGUCGAGUGUGCGGCGGACGUGCUCAACUUGGAGGUUGGUGAGGCGAGUUUCGUCCUCAACAAGCAGGCGCCCAACCUGCAGCUCUGGCUCUCGUCACCGGCGCGCGUGCGUGGCCCGCUCCGGUACGACUUUGACGCGGGCUCGGCGCGGUGGCUCAACAACCGAGACGCGCACCCGCUGCUCCCCACGCUGGCCGACGACAUACAGUCUCUGUGCGGCGAGGCCGUCGACUUUGGCGCGGUGGAGGAGGACGUGUCGCAGCUCUACCUCGAGCAGCUCUCGAAGCCGUAG